AUGAGGUUUUUGCUGCGAUCAAAGGGCAAUAGGUCAAAGCUAGGGCGACGUGUCUGCGAACCACAUCGAUUGCAAGAUUACAGUAUCACUGUAGCCGUCAAGUUAACUCAGCCUUGCGCGACACCCGCCAACUGCGCCAAGCUGGCUUCCAAGGCAUUGCUGCUUCUCUCCUCCGGCUACGGCUCCCGCUUCACCCAAGCGGUCGUAAGAAACCAUUACUUCUCGAAAGAAGCAAGAAUACGAGUACAUGUGCCUACGAAACUGCUCUCUACAGCGUCGACCCGGUCCGUUUUUGGCUUCCUCAACCGUAUCAUAAAGACGGCCUCGCAAAACGACGAAAUGAACAAGAGAGCCGCCCCGGGGGUGAACGCAACGGCUAGCCCCCCUAAAAAAAGAAAGACGGAUAAUGUGCAAAAGUUCUAUGCAGUGCAAGCUGGAUUUCGCCCUGGGGUGUAUAUGACAUAUGCCGAAUGCUCAGCCCAAACAGCUGGUUUCAAGGGUGCUGUUUUCAAAUCCUUCACCUCCCGGUCCGAUGCAGAGGCAUUUGCGGCGGGGAAGAAGGUCGCAGCAUCUUCUGAUGAACCAGAGAGAUUUUACGCUGUGGCUGUAGGCAAUCCAACCGGCAUUUACACAGAUUGGAAUGAAGCGGCGCUGGCUAUCAAGGGCGUCAAGGGCCCCAAGUACAAGCGAUUUGGGUCACGUAUGGAGGCGGUCGUCUAUAUUAAACAAUUCGGCAGCAGGGAAGCCAUUGAAGCUCUCGGGGAAACAUGUGCAGCGGCGCCAGUUGAUUUACCUGUGUCCCCAACGCCAAUAGCAGCUUCUGAGAAAAAGACGGCGUCCAAGACGGCCGCAAAGAAAGCUGAACCGGGGGUGCAGCGUCCAGCUGAAGACGUUUUGCAAAUUUACACAGACGGCAGUAGCCUUGCAAACGGGAAAGCCGGAUCCAGAGCAGGCGUGGGUGUCUAUUUCGGAGACGGGGACCCCCGAAAUGUUUCUGAAAGACUGGUUGGCGAUCCGCAGACUAACCAGCGUGCUGAGUUGAUGGCUAUGCUUCGGGCAUUAGAGAUUGCCCCCCUCGAUCAGACGGUGCAGAUCAUCAGCGACAGUCAGUAUUCGAUCAACUGCGUGACGCAAUGGGCUAUUGGAUGGAAACACAAAGGGUGGAAGACGGCAACAGGCGAGAAUGUCAAGAACCAGGAUAUCAUUAGGGCUGUCCUGGACAAGAUGGACGAGAGGACCAAGACCGGCGCUCAUACCUACUUUCACUGGGUUAAAGGACAUGCGUCGGAUAGAGGAAAUGUGGCUGCUGACAGGUUAGCUGUACGGGGAGCAAAAAUGGCCUGUUGA